AUGCCGUUUUUCUGCUUCAACCUGAUCGUGGUGGAGCACAAGAUGACCUGGGAGGAGGCAGUAAUGCACUGCAGACAGACACACACUACACUCACAAGCCUGGCCUCUGAGACUGAGCACCUUCUGGCCCUGAACAAGAUCCGGCACGACCACAUCACUAAGCGGGUGUGGAUUGGCUUGCGAUACCUGGAGGACCGCUGGCUGUGGGUGGAUGGCAACCCUUUGGAGUAUUGGGCCUGGCCCCAAGGAGGAGAUCAGGACCACCAGUGUCCAAUGCAGAAACGCUGUGGAGCUUUGACCAAAGAGGGAGUGUGGGAGGCGUGGGACUGCCAGGACAAACUUAACUUCAUCUGUUACUAA